GGACUGUUUCAUUUGUUUAAUCUUUUUACGUGUCAGUGCAGUGUUUUUUUUUAUCCUCUGAUUAAUAAUAUGAACUCAUAAAGCUCAUUAAUAGUUUUGGCCACAGAUUUGUUUUUUAUGUGUUACAUGAGUGGGUACUUUAGUUUGGACUGGUGUAAUGGAGCCGAGGGAGUGUGAGAGGGUCUGCAGAUUGUAAUGAGUGAACGAGUGGCAACAGCUGAGGCAGACAGUACAGUCAUCGGCACUCAGCAACCCUUCUUCUGCCUGCCUCUGUGUGUGUGGGCGUGUGUGUGUGUUGGUGGGAGAGAGAGAGACAGAGGACAGUGCUGUGAGAGCAUGUUUGUCUUGCUUGAAGCCUAUGCAGUCCCAUUCUCUCUGCUGCUCAUCUUUUUCUCUGGUUUCUCUGGAUAUAACUUAUGGGUAGUGCCUCUGUGUUUAUUUUGGAGAUUUGUCAUUUACCCCUGCGACAAGAGAAGAGGAAAGUCAAGGGACAAGGGAAGCGGAGGCGAGUGGAAACACACCUUUUGACCAGACAGAAGAAGUGGAAACUGUGCUGUCCAUUGUGUGAACUUCUUAGGUGCUCAAUUGAGGAAAUAUUGCUGUCCUUUUAAACAAAUCUGACCAUUAUGGAGAAGUUCCGCCUGUGAUUAGCUACACAUGAAACCUAUUUUCACACCUCAAGAAAAGCAGCUGGAGUAUUGGUUUCUGCGAUUUCAGCCUUUGUGCUGAAUUGAGACACUCAAUUGAGAUCAUUAUCUUCAGUACUGGAUUCAGUCAUGCUGGAUACCAACCAUUGCCUUCACGUUGAUGCAUCCUCUUUUGAGGAUCAACCAACGAGAACAGAUCGAGAUAAGCAGCCUGUGAGGCUGGACUAUGACAGACAUGCCUAUCAUAGCCUUAAAGAAGUCCUCCAGCUCAAACUACAACAGAGGAGGACACGAGAGGAGCUUGUCAACCAAGGAAUCAUGCCGCCGCUGAAGAGUCCUGCUGCUUUUCACGAGCAGAGAAAAAGUCUGGAGAGGGCACGGACCGAGGAUUAUUUGAAGAGGAAGAUCAGGAGUCGUCCAGAGAGGUCAGAGCUGGUGAGGAUGCACAUUCUGGAGGAGACUUCAGCAGAGCCCUCUCUGCAGGCCAAGCAGCUGAAGCUGAAGAGGGCUCGACUAGCUGAUGACCUCAACGAUAAGAUCUCUCACCGGCCUGGCCCCAUUGAGCUCAUCCACAAGAACAUCCUGCCUGUGCCCACACUUAUAGGGUCUCCGAAAGGUGAGAAUUCCUCAUUGGAUGAGGAUAGCAGUGAUGCCCUAUCACCUGAUCAGCCAGGCAGUCAGGACUCCCCGCUAGGCCACACCCUUCAGCACUCUCCCUCCGAUAUGCUCAAUCUAAACAGAAACCCCUCACCCACACAGUUCCUCACUCAGGCCCCAGCAUCUCUGCUUCAUACCACUGACUCCUCCUCUUCACAAAACAUGACCAGUGGAACUCUGGUGGCUGCAAGUGCGCGUCCUCCUACUGGACCUGCCAAACCGCAGUCAAAGUCUAGUUCUGAUCGGCCUACUCAGCGGUCUAAGAAACCUAAAGAGAACAAGCCUAAAGUGAAGAAGCUCAAAUAUCACCAGUACAUCCCCCCUGAUCAGAAGAAUGACCGUGAACCGCCACCCCAGCUGGACUCAUCUUAUGCCAAGAUCCUCCACCAGCAGCAGCUCUUCCUUCAGCUUCAGAUUAUCAGCCAGCAACAGCAGCACUACAACUAUCACACCAUCCUGCCUGCUCCCCCCAAACUUCCUGCUGAGCAACAGCAGCAACAGCCGCCUGCCAAUACUGGCCCUUCCCCUUCACGAUCAGUUUCCACACCCUCUGCUACACCAUCCACUCAGAACGGGUCUAAUCGUCAGAACCAGCCACCAGCAGGAGGGGCAAAGCCAGGUGUAUUGCCUGCAAACUUGGAUGAAUUCAAAGUUGCUGAGCUUAAGCAGGAGUUGAAACUGAGGGGUUUGACAGUGUCCGGUACUAAGAAUGACCUAAUAGAAAGGCUGAAAAACUACCAGGAGCAGAAUGGUGGUGCAGGACCAUCAACAGGGACUGGACCAGUGAAAACGGUCCCAGCUACGUCUCAGCAAGUGGCAGCUCAGUCCUGUGUCUCAGCUCCGCAACAAUCCAAAGACGUCGCUGAGAAAGUGGCAGCCUUUCCACUGAUUACAACUAAUGGAGUCCAUACUGCAGCUCCGCCCCAAAUUAUGCGCUUCAGCAGUACUAGCUCCUCCCCCCCAGUGUCUCCGACACCGUCCGACCGCUCAUUGGCUGGAAUGAGUGCAGAUGAGACCAGCUGUAAUGGGGAUGUGUUUGGAGAAAUGGUGAGUUCACCUCUCACACAGCUUACUCUGCACCCAUCUCCUGAGCACCCCUCCCCAAUUAAAGAGGAGCCUCUGGGCCUGCUGCAGUCUUCAUGCUGCUUUUCCCGUCCCACCCCUGUCCCACCUCUGCUUCCUCAGCCCCAGGAGCCUUCACUGGCCGCACCACUGGGACCCGCAGCGCUUGUUGUGGACAAAGACCAGAUGCUGCAGGAGAAGGACAAACAAAUUGAGGAGCUGACGCGCAUGCUGAGGCAGAAACAGCAGCUGGUGGAGACAUUGCGCUCUCAGCUGGAGCAGGGUAAGCGCGGAGCGGGCACAGAAGGCACGGACAAUGCAACGAAGACGGAAAGAGCAGCUCUGCCUAACGGAGAGGCAGUGAAAGUGAAGGAGGAGGCAAAGGAGGACAUGGAGACGUUAGCAGAGCCUCAACCGCAGGCACAGCCACAGAGGAAGACACAGACUCAGUGCUCUCAGCAGACACUGCUGAAACUGCAGCAGAUCCACCGGCUGCAGGUGCAGCAACAACAGCAGCAGCAAAUGCAGGUAGAGCAGACAAAACUGCAGCAGCAGCCCAAGUCACAGUUGCUACAACAACAGAGGCUUCAACAGCUAAUCAUCCAACAGAGCCAGCAGAAGCAGAAGCAGCUGCAGGCCAAUCAGAAGAAGCAACAAAGGCCACAAAAGCAACAGCAGCACAAAGAACGACCGUUACAGACACAACAGAUCUCACAAGUGUUUAUCAACCAACAGACUGGCACUCAAGUGACCACAUCUUUUCCACUGGAUCUUCUGAAAGCUCACCCAGCACCCACUCUUGUCACAGAUGGUAAUGGCAACCACUACCUGAUUGCUCUUGCCAAUAACAGUGUGGACAGCCUGAAUGGUGAAUCUUCUCUAAACAAAACCAAUGGGCGCAUCACCCUACAGAGAUUGCAGUCCACCCCUGUCAAGCUACCCAGCCAGUCGACUCAUGAAGUGGCUAAUUCCAUAAACCAGUCCCAGCAGCCCCAGCAGCCCCAGCAAGCUGCUCCUGUCAAACAGCCCAGUCCAAAAGUGCAGAAGGCAGCACUGCAUUUGGAGACUCCUGUUGUUCAACAGUCAAGUCAUCCGGUGUCUGCCCCACCCAAUCUCCAGCCUUUUUUCCUCAGCGAGGAGCCCAACCCUAUCACUCAGCCCAGCUCACCCCCUUCACUCAAGGGAGAAGUGUGCCCAACCUUUGACCGGCACACUUUGUUUACCCCUCCUUCUCCAAAACCAGCAUGCCACCCCCUUCAUCAUCUCAAAGAGAACGGUUCCAACAAUCAGCACAUAGAUGACUUGUUUGACAUUCUCGUUAAAAGUGGAGAAAUUUCAGCUGGAUUCAAGGCAAAUCCAGACCCUUCCCUCUCUGACCUGCACUCCAAUCCUCCUACUCCCUCCCCUCCCUCCUCCCCACUGCACCUCUCACCUCCGACCCCUCCCUCUGACCCUGUCCGUCCCUCUGACACACACGAGCGGCCCUGCUCGGGAACAGGUCGUCUGGAAGACUUCCUGGAGAGCACAACUGGGACUCCAUUGCUCGGGGUGGAGCUCGACGGUCCUCUAACGCUGAUCGAUGAUCUCCACAACCAAAUGCUGAGCACUCCCAGCAUUCUGGAUCACCCCCCUUCCCCAAUGGACACCGGUGACCUGAGCUUCUCCCCCCAUCCCACCAGCCUGGACUUCGAAGACCCUGCCCUAGAUGGCAUGGAUUGGCUGGACAUAUCCAUGGGUGGAAGCAGUGCUGGAGGGGGAACAGUUCUAGCUCCUCUGGGCUCACACACACCCCCCAGUGUGUUUUCAGCAGACUUUUUGGACAGUUCAGACCUGCAGAUCCACUGGGACUCCUGUUUGUAGCUUUGGUCUUAAACUGCUCAGCAGAUACAUACAACACACGACUUAGCACCUUCAUCCUUAUUCUGUGUACAGGCUUUUACACAUGAACACUUCAAACCUAUAUGCUGUUUGUAAUGCUGAAAACAUUUUUCCUGAUGUUCCACCAGAAUAAUGUAUGGUUUCUGAGCAGUUCUAUUGUUUGAUAGGUCUAUCAAAGCACUGAGUAUUAACCCCUACACCCUCAACCAUACAUAAACAUAUUACAGUACAUUGUGCUUACGUGUUUGCCAACAGAGAGACCAAUCUAUACUCCUUGUGGUUUUCUCCCUCCUUUAGGAACGGUAUGUAUUUAUGACAAACUGGUUCAUUUACAUCCAAAAUGUUCUGGACCAGCUGUUUGUUUGCCUACAUAUCAGACAGGGAAUUUUCACUUCUCAAUCUUAAAGGGCCCAUAUCAUGGGAUCCUGAAGUGUCCUCACUUUUUUGAAUUAAGCGAUUGCUGUGUUAUGCAAAAACAGCCCAUUUUGAAUUUACUAGCUCACCAUCUAUUCAGCCUUCAGCAGUUUAGCCCCGUUCAUUCGUGGUGAAGGUAUAAAUAGUGUUUUAGCUUGGGGUAGUUUUUGAAUGAAACGCAAUACAGAGCAGUCAGUCAAAACUGUUUAGAGACUGCUGUUAAUGUAUCAUCACUGUUGGAACAAAACCUUGGAUUUUCAAAAUGGUAACUGUACCAGAGAAGAAAAAAGAAUUAUUAACUUGCAGCAAAAGUUAAUAUAAAAAUAUUUUUUCCAAGUAAUUUUAGACGAUUUUUGUUGGUCUGUUCAUCAUAAAAAUUUAACACAAUUCUAAGGGUAACUGGAGUUUUCAAAUUAUGCUAAAAAGUUAAAAGUAAAAAAAAAAAAAACUACAAAAAUAUAGGCACAAGGUUUUUGCACAACAACGAUGAUAUAGCAGUCCAAACACAGUAACAAAAACAGCCUGUUUAAUUCUAGGAGACAAAGGCGCAUCGAAAAUGGUCAUAUAAAAAUGAAUUACAUCUGCUUGCGAUACAUAAAAACCACACAAAUAUUACAAGAGGACUUUAGGGAAUAAAAAUUAAAUACAAGAAAAACGUAGGUUAUGGGUCCUUUAAGCUUGCACAACUGGUUGGACGGUCAUGGUCUUCAAUAAGUAGUGUUCGACUCCUGGCCAUCUCAGUGUCAGGAUUUUAUUAUCCAAAAAUGAUCCAAAUUUCUUCUAGCUUUCAGUAUUCAACUUAUUUGGGUUAUUUCUCCCAUGCCACAUUACUGUCACUCCGCCAUAUUGCUUCUUCUGCUGGCACUGAUGGAGUUUGGGCACACACUGAUGGGAGGAGGGAUUUAGGGGAGAGAGAGAGAGGGAGAGAGAUAGACAUGGUCCUCUCCUAAUCUCGGAGUUUGGCUUUGGAGUAACUUCCAACAUGCCAGUGCUUCCAACUUUGCACUUAAGCUGACUAAGACCAAGUGUUGUGGUCUUAAGGAAACCUCCCAAUCAAAUAAACUCUGCUGGGAACUGGGUUUGGUGAUGUUCACCAGAUCUCUAUGCAUUGCUGUAUUUGAGGUACAUAUUAUUGACUAAAGCCUUCUUCUUCUCUGAUUGUAUAGAUGAGCAGGUGGAGGUCAGGGUUGGGGUUCAGGUUUCAGAGUAUUUGGAAAUUAUUUUUUAAAAAAGAAAAAUAAAAAAUGCAAGGAAAAAUUUG